AUGAUAUUAGAUAAAUUAUCCUUCCAUUCGUCGUCGAAACCUGAUCACGGCAACACCAAUCAAAAUAAUAAUAGCAGUUACUCAAAACAAAAUGACCCAUCAAGGGAUAUCGUUUCUGAUUUAGUUAAUAGUAGUGGAAGUAGCAAUAGCAAUGAUAGUAAUAAUAGUAGUAAUUCGGAUGUUAAUAUGUUAAACGAUGAAGGUGAUGAACGCGAUAAAAAAUAUUCUAAUGCCACCAUCCAAAUAAGUGAGAUAACGAUAGAGUCAGAUUUCGGUACGCCACUAGCACAAAAUAAGAAUGAUAAUAACAUAACAAGCACUCAGAAUUUAUAUACUAGCAAAAAUAUUUUACCACUAUGGAAUAACCAUAACGCUGAUAUGGAUUUAAUAACAACAGGAGAUGACGAAGAAGGUUUGAUUCAAAUGGCAUCUACUCCGCCGCCCAUAAACCAAAAUUUAAUCACGCCAGUUACGUCUCGUAACAUGAACAGUAAUAGCUCCAAUAAUAUCGCAAGCUUUUCUCAAAACAGCAAUUAUAAUCAUAACAAUUCCAGUUUUGUAAUCAAUAAUAACAAUAGUAAAACCACACCAAUAUACUAUCAACAACCACAAUCGUUAUUUUCUAGUAAAAAACUUCAAGGAUCUGUUUUAUCCUUAGCCUCCUCUAUUGGUGGUGGCAAUGGAAGCAAUAAUAAUAAUAAUAAUAAUAAUAAUAAUAAUAAUAAUUAUUAUACUUCAAAUCCGGGGUCUUCUGGCUCUUCAAGUUCACACACAAUUAAUGGGAUGAUGUUCAGUAGUCCAUUUAUAGCCCUAUUAUUAGACGUGUACCAGCAGCAUACACAAGACCCAACAGUUACGCCGUAUGACUGUUACAAUCCACCCUCAGGUGUACUAAAUAUUGUGGCCAAGAAAACGGUUAAACUUGCCCUAAAAACAAAAGUUGAAUUAGGAAGUAACAUCGAUCUCCAUAAUGAUGCUUUAAUUACUAAUGUUAGACAACUAUUAUCAAAAAAAGUUAGAGAAAAUGGAUAUUUAUCUAGGAAUGGUAGCCUUGUAUCAUUACCACCACCGCCGAAUUUCUUGAAUUUGCCGCAUAUUUCUAGUACCACCAAUAAUAGCAAUAACAUUGGUAACAACGCCACUAACAACAACAACAUUUCUUCCUUUGAUUUAAGUAGCAGAGAAUCUUCCUAUGAUUUUGGGAUACAUAACACUAUAAACAACACCACUGUCGCUGGCAACAGUAAUAAUGCAACUCUUGGAUUACAAUCACCCUUUGAAUUAAAUAUUAAUACCAAUACCGGAGCCUACGAUCCAUUUCCAGUAUCCUCAGUGAUAACGCCAAUAAAUUAUAGUAACAACAACAACAACAACAACAACAACAAUAACAUUAUCAAUGGAACUACUACCCCUACUAAUAUAAGACCCGGUUUAAAAUCAAGAGCCAAUAGUUUAUUAAAUGGACUAACUAGAAGUAGGAGUAAUUCGUCUAAUUUUUUCUUAAAUAAUGGAACUAUAACACCCACUAAUAACAACGGUAAUAUUACCCCUUCGAAUAUGUCAUUUAGUUUUACUUCCAAUCCAAAUUCUAACGCUAAUAAUAAUAAUAAUAAUAAUAAUAAUAAUAAUAAUAAUAAUAAUAAUAAUAAUAAUAAUAAUAAUAAUAAUAAUAAUAAUAUUCCAUCCGCUAACCUCAAUUAUAAUAGUAUUGGCUCCAUACCAGUAAUCAAUGGAUGUACUCCUGCUGCUAAUUUUAAUAGUAAUAGCACCAAUAACAGUUCGAGUGGGAUUGGAAAUAAGAGAGAACGUGGUAAUAGUAAUGCAAGCGAUAUAUUUUAUUUGAAUAAAUAA